AUGGAACAAUUAUUAAAAUCUCGUCAUUGUGGUGCAUAUGAAUUAGCUUAUACAGAUUUUCUUAUUAUUUGCGAACAACUGUGGAGUUCAAAUUGUAAUGAAUUAUGUAGUUUCCCAAUAGAAUGGAUUGAAAAUAGAAUAAAAAUGGUUGAAGAAAAUAUACUUGAUAAAAAUAAAUUAUGUUUAACACGAAGAUCAGGUGGUUUACCUUUUUAUCUUCAAUCAAUAUUAACUGAUGAACCAAUUAAACAACGUGGACAACAAAGAAUAUAUGUUGAUAAAUUAAUGGAAACUUUAUUAAAUAUUAUUCAAAAUGAUUCAGAUACAAUACAAAUUGAUGGAUAA